AUGGCAUUUGGAGAUUGUGUGUCAGUUGUGGUUGAUAACGUCAUGGAAUCAUGCGGUCAUGAAUUGAUCCCCACAGAAUGUUCUGGCACGUGGGAUUGCUUUACGCAGGCCGCGAGUAGCGCUCUCGACUUCUUCAUUUGCGGAUUCCCGAUUAUUCUCGAUUCAGUAUUGACAAUGUAUGGGGCCAACUGUCUUCCAAACGUCGUAGACGGCAUAAAGGACGCCCUGUUCCCUCCCGAAAUUAUUGUUCAAACUGCAGUUGUGGAGGCAAUCAUGGAUUUCGGUGACGCGGUUUACGAUGGGAUCUAUGAAGCAAGUCUAACGGUGGCGUCGACCCUAGAUUGGUGUUGGGACGACGCUCCCUCUGCCGAGUUCACUGACUGCGACGCCUUCGAAAUGGUAGCAAGUAUUGUUUCGUAG